UUGCAGCGAAUCACUUCUUCAAGACUUUGGAAAAUAUGCAGAUAGUUUGUUAAAGUAUUUUGUUAAACAAUUUCCCCGUCUGUAUGGAAAGGAGAAUUUAUCAUAUAACGUACAUGGGCUGCUUCAUGUCUAUGAUGAUGUGCAAAAUUUUGGAAAUUUAGACGCAUAUAGUGCAUUCUCUUUUGAAAAUUAUUUGGGUCAAAUUAAGAAGUUGGUUCGGAGUGGAAAUCUUCCAUUGUCUCAAGUUUGUCGGAGACUCUCGGAGUACGAACACGCGGCGCGAAUUGAGAAAGUCAGACCAGCCAAUAAAUUGCACACUGCCGGUCCACUCACAUUUGGUGUUGAAAAUCCAUCAUACAAAAUUUAUGUGAUAAGUCACAAUGUGUUUAAAUUAAAUAAUAGUGAUAAAUACGCCGGUCUAAAGGAUGGAUCAAUUAUCUGUAUAGACAAUUUUGCGACAUGCUGCAUAAGUAAAAAAGUUCACGUUGUUGGUCGACCAUUCACUAAACUUUGUCCUCUCUACCACGAACCUUGUGAUUCAACAUUAUUAAAAAUAUUUAAAGUGUCAGUUCCUGGAAGAAGAAGUCAUUGGUCAUUGGAUAAUAUUGAUAAGAAAUAUUUGUUACUGCCGCAGGGUGUUGGUUUUGCAGCAUUUCCACUAAUUCAUUCGUGAAUAAAAUGUCGCAGUACAGUGUUGUUCAGACACUUGGAAAAAAUCCAGAAGUUUUUGUAAUUCCCAGCUCGUGGAUAUUUACGGAAGACAGGGAGACGAAAUGUUGGUGGCCAAAGUAUCGAAGCGCUUCAAAAAUUCAAGAAGCUGUUGUCAAAAAUCAACUUCCAGGACCAGCAUUAAUUAAGCAAUUGCGGAUUCGAGCUUUCGCGUCAUAUAAUUCAUUUGAAGAGGCGAACAAUAACGUUGAUAAGGCGUGCGACACAUCAAAUUUGGAGAGUGACGAUCAAUCUGAACCAUCAAGAUCAAUUGUUCCCGACGGUGAAAUACCUCCGCCCCCAAUACCAUCUGGUUCGAAAGCUCCCCCUCGCCAUGAAUUAAGCAGUAUCUCUCCGAAAUUUACGUUGGCACCUGGAUCUGGAGUGACUGUUACUCGAACAAACAAUACUGGACCCAUCAGAACAAUUGAUGCUGAAGAACUACCCUCCAGGAGUGCAUCCCCUGUUCGUCGCCAAACAUGUGUGGAAAGUAAAAAUAGUAUCAAAUGCAAUGAUCCUUUUCAAGAAUAUGUUGUCAAAUCUUUAACAAAAAUUGAGCAAAACAUUGAGGUCUUAUGCGGUAUUGUAACCAAACUAGCCUCAGCAAAGGAAACCGGAAAUUUUGAAGAAGAGAAUGAAGAUCUUCGCCUUCGACUGCCUUGUAUUUCAAUUGCUGACGUCGACGCAUUUGAAAAAGACUUGGACAACAAAGAGUUUCGCAAAUAUAUGGUGGGUCGUCUGUCUAAUCUGGAUGGAGUCGAGUACAGGAAGUGCGUCACCAGCAUAAUGAGUUACGUUAUGAUCGACGAAGUUGCAGCAUUAUUUUGUUGGGAGGGCAUACGGAAAGAAAACAGCAAAAUUCCUUUCAAAAACUUGAAAACAAAACAAUUGGUUUAUGAUGCGGUUAGAUGCAACAGGUAUUGCGCAAACGUUACCAACCUUGAGGUUAAGGUUAAAAUGCAAAGCUGGUUGCAACACGCUCCUGAUCGAAUCAAGACCAAGGCAAAUUCUAAGAAAGCUAAAAGCGGGCAAGCUGAAGUGAACAUGGAGAACAGAAUUUCAGUUGUAGAAAAUGAUUUGUCCGAUUAAAUAAUGCAACGAU